CAAGUAAAGCGUCAGAACCCUCUAGAGAUCCCUCGAUCCCACGAAGCUCCUGGACACUCUCAAAGCCCCCCUAUAAAUAUCUCUCUCCCCUCUUUCUCGCGUUUCAGCAGAUCGCAGAAAAACAUUGAAAGCCCUAAUCUCAAGUUCUCAAAAUCUCAAAGCUUCGAUUCGAUCCUUCGAUCUCGAUCGAUCAAUGGCGGACGUUCAGAUGCAGGAGGCCGAGACCUUCGCUUUCCAAGCGGAGAUCAACCAGCUUCUCAGCUUGAUCAUCAACACUUUCUACUCGAACAAGGAGAUCUUUCUUCGAGAGCUCAUCAGCAAUUCCUCGGAUGCGUUGGAUAAGAUUCGAUACGAGAGCUUGACGGAUAAGAGCAAGCUCGAUGCUCAGCCGGAGCUGUUCAUCAGGUUGGUGCCGGAUAAGGCGAGCAAGACGCUGUCGAUUAUUGAUAGUGGAGUUGGGAUGACGAAGGCUGAUUUGGUGAACAACCUGGGAACAAUCGCGAGGUCUGGAACCAAGGAGUUCAUGGAAGCAUUACAAGCUGGGGCUGAUGUGAGCAUGAUUGGGCAGUUUGGUGUUGGAUUCUACUCGGCAUAUCUUGUGGCUGAGAAAGUAGUUGUUACAACCAAGCACAAUGACGACGAGCAAUAUGUUUGGGAGUCCCAAGCUGGUGGCUCCUUCACUGUUACCAGGGAUACAACUGGUGAGCAGCUUGGUAGAGGAACAAAGAUUACCCUGUACCUUAAAGAGGAUCAGUUGGAGUACUUGGAAGAGAGAAGGCUGAAGGAUUUGGUGAAGAAGCACUCUGAGUUCAUCAGCUACCCCAUCUACCUCUGGACUGAGAAGACAACCGAGAAGGAGAUAAGCGAUGAUGAAGAUGAGGAAACCAAGAAAGAGGAGGAAGGGGAUGUGGAGGAGGUAGACGAGGAGGAGAAAAAAUCCAAGAAGAAGAAGGUGAAGGAGGUCUCUCAUGAAUGGACUCUAAUCAACAAGCAGAAGCCUAUCUGGUUGAGGAAGCCGGAGGAGGUUACUAAAGAGGAGUAUGCUUCUUUCUACAAGAGCCUCACCAACGACUGGGAGGACCACCUUGCUGUCAAGCAUUUCUCUGUUGAGGGUCAGCUCGAGUUCAAGGCAGUCCUAUUUGUCCCUAGGAGGGCCCCAUUUGAUCUCUUCGACACCAGGAAGAAGAUGAACAACAUCAAGCUCUAUGUCCGAAGAGUGUUCAUCAUGGACAACUGUGAGGAGCUAAUUCCAGAGUACCUAGGGUUUGUCAAAGGUGUUGUGGACUCUGAUGAUCUCCCUCUCAACAUCUCCAGAGAAACGCUCCAGCAAAACAAGAUCCUGAAGGUGAUUAGGAAGAACUUGGUGAAGAAGUGCAUCGAGAUGUUCAGCGAGAUUGCUGAGAACAAAGAGGAUUACGACAAGUUCUACGAGGCCUUCUCAAAGAAUCUGAAGCUGGGCAUCCAUGAGGACAGUCAGAACAGGGCCAAGCUAGCUGAUCUUCUGAGGUACCACUCGACCAAGAGCGGAGAUGAGAUGACCAGCUUGAAGGAUUACGUGACCAGAAUGAAGGAGGGCCAGAAGGAUAUCUACUACAUCACCGGAGAAAGCAAGAAGGCUGUUGAGAACUCCCCCUUCUUGGAGAAGCUCAAAAAGAAGGGGUAUGAAGUGCUUUUCAUGGUGGAUGCAAUCGAUGAGUACGCUGUCGGACAGCUGAAGGAGUACGAUGGCAAGAAGCUUGUUUCCGCAACGAAGGAAGGUCUGAAGCUCGAGGACACCGAAGAAGAGAAGAAGAAGAAAGAGGAGAAAAAGGCUGCCUUCGAGAGCCUAUGCAAGACGAUGAAGGAAAUUUUGGGUGACAAGGUCGAGAAGGUGGUGGUCUCCGAUAGGAUUGUGGACUCCCCUUGCUGUUUGGUGACGGGUGAGUAUGGGUGGACCGCGAACAUGGAGAGGAUCAUGAAGGCUCAGGCCCUGAGGGACAGCAGCAUGAGCUCUUACAUGUCGAGCAAGAAGACCAUGGAGAUUAACCCGGAGAACGGUAUCAUGGAGGAGCUCAGAAAGAGGGCUGAGGCAGAUAAAAACGACAAAUCGGUGAAGGAUCUUGUGCUGCUGCUGUACGAGACCGCCCUGCUGACAUCUGGGUUCAGCUUGGACGAUCCUAACACCUUUGCCGGGAGGAUCCACAGGAUGUUGAAGCUCGGGCUGAGCAUCGACGAGGAUGAGGGAGCUGGUGAUGAUACAGAAAUGCCCGCUUUGGAAGAGGAUGCAGCAAAUGAAGAGAGCAAGAUGGAGGAAGUUGAUUAAGGUGUCAGGUGACUUGCUUUGUUGGAAGGGUGCGCUAGUCUCUUGUAGUUUGUCUUGGUGCGUCUAGUCAGUCGUGGGUCAUUCUGCAGCGUCCUCUGUUAUGUCUGUGUGUGAAUAGGGAUGUGGUGUGGGGUUAUAGAGUUUUUGGCUUUGCUUUUUUUAGUCUUCUGUUUCGUUGAAAGAUAAGCAACAAUCUUUGUGUUCUCAUA